UGGCGGCGGCGCGGGGUGCCUGACCUGGCGGGGCCAUGAGCGCCGCCCGGCCCCAGUUCAGCAUCGAUGACGCCUUCGAGCUGUCUCUGGAGGACGCGGGCCCCGGGCCCGAGUCCAGCGGGGUCGCCCGCUUCGGGCCGCUGCACUUCGAACGCCGGGCGCGGUUCGAGGCGGCCGACGAGGACAAGCAGUCCCGGCUGCGCUACCAGAACCUGGAGAACGAUGAGGAUGGAGCCCAGGCAUCUCCGGAGCCAGAUGGGGGAGUCAGCACCAGGGAUUCUGGCCGAACAUCUGUCCGAAGCUCCCAGUGGUCCUUUAGCACCAUUAGCAACAGCACCCAGCGCUCCUACAAUGCCUGCUGCAGCUGGACUCAACACCCUUUGAUCCAGAAGAACCGCAGGGUAGUGCUGGCCUCCUUCCUGCUUUUGCUGCUGGGGCUAGUGCUGAUCCUGAUCGGCGUGGGACUGGAGGUGGCUCCCUCACCAGCCAGAACCGGCCCCUUCCACUGCAGAAGGUGCCUCCGCCCUGACUCGGCCCCUCCUCUCGUCCCGAAGGUGUCUCCAGCGCCAUCUUCUUCGUGCCCGGCUUCCUGUUGUUGGUCCCAGGAGUCUACCACGUGAUCUUCAUUUACUGCGCGGUCAAGGGCCACCGGGGUUUCCAGUUCUUCUACCUGCCCUACUUCGAGAAGUGAGCCGCCAGCGGGGGCGGGGGCCCUCGUCGGCCCCUGGCCGCCGCCUCGUCCCCAGGAGACGCUCCUCGGGCUCCUCGGCCGUGCUGCCCCGCUGCCCCAGUUCCCUCAUCUCAACAGAAGGGCCCCUCCAGAACCCUCAAACCCCCAACCCUGUACGGAGUUUGCUCAGGAAGUUUAGGGUGCACAGACUCGGGCCCACUACCUGGGUCUGGGAAGGUCGCUCCUUGCCUGCUCUGUGCCUUAACUUAUUCCCGGGCCCUGAGGCUACUGAGUUGGUGGUGUUCGUGCUAAUAAAAGAUGUACUUAUAUCC